AUGCCUCCGAUAUCCUCUCAGCGGCGCGCUUCCACUGAAGAAGAUUCAUCCCUAUCAGAUGAUGAUGUUGGUUUCCUCUAUCAAGUUGUCAUUCGCGCAGAGGGACACCCCGAAGUCAAUCGACUCCCAUUCCGAGCGCUCUUUGCAGCAUACGAUCAAGUAAUCCAGGAGCAUGGUGUUGACGCCGAUCCUGGCCUUGCGUGCCAGCGCUUCUUGUUCAAGAUGGGAAGCAAAGACAUUAAGGGCCCGACCCUGUUCGAAAAGUUCGAGAAUGCGCUUCAUCAGAUGGGAAUUGUGAUUGACCUUGGCGAGGAUGGGUUAACAGGUGGUAAUGAUGCCCUGGAGAACCAGCAUCAUGCUGUUGAUAACACCAACGGCCACAAUGGCCACAGCGGCCACAGCGGCCAGACUCAUGAACAAGAUCACACUCCUCUUAUCAAUAGCACCUCAAGAACACCAAGGAGACGUGCGUCUUUCAAUACCACGCUUGAUAUUGGCGAGGACAUCACACAGCGAAGCUUUAUUCAGCGACCGAGCUCCCGUUCAUCAAUGUCGCGGCUCCAAACUGGAAAACCCGAAUUCUCGAAGCCCAGACUGUCUCCAAACCUUACAAAAGACACACCAAGAUCACCGGAUCGUACACAAUUAAUUGCACAGUUUCUCGAAGUUGGUCGCCGAUUGAUAAGCAGGUUUGAUACUGCACGUAACAGGGAUGUAAAUGCAGAGCCUGCUCCGUUAACCAACGGAGUAGUCGCUCGAUCAGCUGUGCAUCAUGAUCGCUCAAAGAGAGCAAAGGCCGCUUCACAUGUUCGCCGAUCUCCAUCAAUUAGCUCGUCAAAUAGCCUUGAAUCAGGAGAAUCCCAAUAUGCUACCUCUCAUGUCGAGGAAGAUGAUUUGUUUGAGAAACAAGAUAUUCCGCCCGAGUAUCUUAGCUACAGACCGCAGCUUUCAGAUUUGCUGCGGGAUGCGGACACCUUCAACAUGUAUCGACAAAGAGCGAUGUGCCGCAAGAUACUAACCCAGUGGCUGAAACGAGCCUUUCAAACGCGACAGAUUCGUGAGACUAGGGAAUCCGUUGCUAUGAAUCGUGACCGGAAUACCCUUCUACGACAAGCAUUCGAGCCAUGGCGAACUAUCAUUCAGCAGAAAAGGCACUCAGUCAGAACGGAGCGAUUUUUCAAACAUCUUGACGAACGCGCUAAUCGUGCGCGCGAUCUAUACUUGAUGACAAAAGCUUUCACUCACUGGGCUCAACUCUCAUCCGAAGAAGUAGCCCGCACAUCCGCUGCCAGACACCAUGUUCUAAGUGUUAAGUACUUUAAUGCCUGGCGUGAGAUCACUGCAGUCAAUGAGCUGAAAGCGCAACGCUUCGCACUACAGCGACCCUUCAACAAGUGGCGACAGAAAGCUUUGAGUAUCAAGGCAGCAGAGACCCAAGCAAUUUCAACACAGCAGAAAAAUCUGAAACAUACCUGGUAUUGGGAAUGGUUCUGGACUUUUUGCGACAGGCGAGCACCUGAAUGGUACGAUCAUCGGCUCAAAAGUCGGUCACUUUUAUACUGGCUGCGGAGAUUACGGAACAAUCGAGCUCUUGAGCAUGAAUUAGUUGUUCACAAUCAACAAUCCGCUUUGGCUUUUGCGUUCGAAAUAUGGUCUUCGAGGUCAAGACAGAUAAUCUCUGCACAGCAGCAAGCUGACAAUUCCCUACGACACAAAGUCACCGCAGAAAUAUUUGGCGAAUGGAGAACUCAGAUGCGGCUGGCCCCUGCGGCUUCUCAUGUCACUCAUAGGGUGGAAACCAGGCUCCUAAGAAACACCUUUUCAAUGUGGAUUUUGAAAGCACGUAUGACUAGAAAAGCGCAGGAAAUUGAUCAACUCAGAAUCAAACGGAAUGCCUGGACGUCUUGGAAUGACACUCUGCGCUGUCUUGCUCUUCGCGCACGAAUUGACGAGCGAUUGAAGAUGGAAAUUAUGUACAAAUGGAUUUUAGCAGAGAGGUUCCAGCUUAUGCGCCGGAUACGUGAGCAGCGCAUCAAGCAAGAGGUCUUCACUCGGUUCGUGACCAAUACUCGGUCAACUUACACACGAUUGUUAUUUCAUGCGGAAAUUCACGAAGACCAACGAGCUGAAGAUUUGAUGCGCUCCAAAUUUUCCGUUUGGCGAGAUCAGCUAUUGCUUCAGCGAGAGCGGGAUGAUACAGCAUUUGAAUUCUACGCCCCACGCCUGGCACAGGAGUCUCUCACGGCGUGGAGGGCUAAAUACCAGAAGGUUCAGCAAAUGGAAGGUUGGGCCCGUAAUGCUCAAUUUUAUUUUCUCAUGAAACGAACAUUGAAGGGUUGGCAUGAGGCAACCCUCGACUCUGCCAAACGACGGCGGAAGGAGGCAUAUGCGAAAGUUCGACGAAAAAUCAAAAUGAGGUUGGCUUCCAAUGCACUUGCUUCCUGGCAAUCUAACACUCAACAUAUCAUCGGUAUGGAGCAGAAUGCGGAAGAUGUGGAUCGCAAAAAGCUACUUAUAAUUGCGUCCGAGGUCUUAUUUCGAUGGCAUGGACACGCAAUGAGGCGAGUUCAAGACAUUCAAGAUGCCGAUUACCAUUAUUUCAGACAAGUCGCGUUCAGCCAGCUGAUCAAAUUGUCUGAGAUUUAUGUGACUCGUCGUGAGAUGGAAGAUCAGGCAGACGUAGUGUACCGCUCACACAUACUCCGUCAAUCUGGAGCUUCAUUCCGCAAGCUCAGUCUUCGAAUCUUUCAGAUCACGAGCACAGUUGAAACCGCUGAAGCAAUGCGAGAAAGAACCCUGCGGAAACAUUCCAGAAAUUUCUUCCGCACCUGGCUGGAAAAGGCCCGUCUGAAGCUUGAGGCGCUCGACUCUCCAGCUCCCCUGUUCACACCAGCAAGAUUCUCGAAUUUUGGAGAAAUAGGCCUUCCUAUGACAACAACUCCCAUGGUAGCACCCUUGUCAGCUCCCAGGUCGGCCCCGAGGUCGGUCUUGUUCGAUCCAUGGUAUCAAAAUCCGUCCGAAACACCUUUCAAGUUGAGCGACAUUACUACAAACUCUCAAACGAACUCUCAGUCGACGUCUCAGCCAGCUUCUCAGGCGACAUCUCAAGCCACAUCCCAUGACCCGACCUACGAAACGUCCUUUACAACACCAAACUACUUAGCCUCGCCAUCUAAACGAGCUGCCCGCGCCCGAGCCUUGGCUCAAGUGUCUACCACGCCUGCUACGCCUACUCAAACACCCUUCGCUAGCCGACUACUUCGAGUAGAAACUUCAAUUCCUCGAACUGCAUCGGCCUUGCGACCCCGAUCUCGCCGUGGGAACUCAAUCAGUGUUCGGUUCGCCGAUGAUGAAAUCCCUGAUUCCCCUACGGAGGCCCGUAAAUCUGCGAGUCGUUCACGAACAUGA